AGCUGCAGUCUUGCGUGUCGUGGUGCAAAAGCCGUCGUGGAGGCUCUCUCUCCUGUAUUUGCACGGCAGCAUAGUGCAGCACAACUUGCUGCCACUGCUCUGCACUCUUAGUCGGCAGCAUUGCAGCAAAAUUUGCUGCCACUCAGUCACUGCACCACUCACAACCGAUGCUCCUCCGCCGCACGACCGCCGCCGCGGCGCGACGCAUUUCACAAAGACGCCACCUCGGCUACGUCGAAUUGGAACGGGACGUCGUCGCUCCACAACAUUUAGCAGAGUACCGCGCCAUGCUCGCGGCGCACGCUCCCCAACGUAAAAGACUCGACGAGGGCUACCUGGGCAGUUUUGGGGUGGACGUCGGCCGCGCGUCGAGCGUCUACCACCUGUCCGUGUUUGAGGACUACGACCAGCGGGACGCGCGCGAGGCGACGGAGGGGCUGCGCUUCUUCCAUCAGGGCGUCCAGAGUUUGGAGUCCUCCGUCUUCAAGGAGGCCUCCGCCACAUUGAACGAGGCGGGACUCCCGGGUCUACAAGAUGGCCUCGACGCCGUGCAAGGCUGCGCGUUCGAGCUGCGGACGUACGAAUUGCAAUUAGGCUACGACACGGUCCCGAACUUUCUGGAAAUUUAUUCGGGUGGUUUGAAAGAUAAAAUGGAGCACGACGACUCCGGCGAGUCGCGGCUCAUCUCCCUGUUACACAGCGAGGCGGGCGUCGCGCCGCUGAACACGGUCAUAGAACUAUGGCGCCACGAGAGCGCGCAGGGCGCGCAGCGGUCGCGCCUGGCGUCGCGCAAGGCGACGUCGUGGCGCCGGGCCGUCAACCACAUCGCCGAGCUCUCGACGCGCUUCGAGACGCAGCUGCUCCGGCCCAUCUUUUGA